ACGUCAAGGGAGGCAAAGGAGAGCGAUGCGUCUUCUGUGCCUCAACUGGCAUCGCCGUCUCAGCCUCGGGCAGCCAGGGAUGCCCGUGGCAAACCCUGCCUAGCCCUGAGCUAACGCCCUGUUACAGCAGCAGCCGAUCGGUACCAGAGCGAAGGGAGAGGCUGUGGUUUCGGCUGUACGAGCUCCAUUUUGUAAGGACUAAGUAUAUGAAGCCAACAAUGUUGCCUUGUGGUGAAAACAGACAUCAAAACCAGAAAGAAUCUUUUCUAUCAGGAAGAUCAGAACGCUGUAGUUUGUGCUAGGUUGGCGAUUAAGUUCACUCUGCCAUCUAGUGACAAAAUGCCACUUGACAACCUCUGGAAGACGGAGGCCCAACUGACGGGGACGAAGAGCAGCAGCUCUGCACACAGCGUCAGGACACGCUCUGUCGGGCCUUCCCCGCCCGCGCGGAGGGGGACACGGCCUCAGCCACUGCCGCAGGGCGGGCAGAGCCCGCGGACACGCCGGGGCUGCCGGAAGGCCCUGCCAGCCCGCCGGGGCCCCGCGCAACGCGCAAACCGGGGCCUACGCGUACCCCGAAGGCAAGAGGAACGCGGAAGCAGCGCCCCACCGGAGCCCAGGCCCGGCCCGCGAGGACGCAGAUACUUCCUCGGAGCCGAAAGCAGCUGCUCAGCGACCGUCCCCCGCCCCGGCAGCCGAUCCCCACGGCCCCCGGACACCCCCUACCUCCGCCGGCCUUGUUUACCAGCUAGGCCGCACCGCCACCCCACAAUGCACUGGCGGCCCCGCCUCCAGCUACGCCCCGGCAAGGACCGGUCACUACCGGGGCGGUGCCACGCCGUCACCAUAGUAACGCGGCGCCUGCCCCGCCCCCGAAACGCAGGGUGUGGAGCCGCGGGGUGGAGCAGGUGAGCCGGAGCGGAAGUGGCGCUGCUGAGCCAAUCGGCUGCUGCGCGUGAAUCGAGGCAGCCAAUGGGCGAUGCGGAGACGGUUUAAAACCUGCCGCGGUUGGGGUGCUGAGUACUGCGCUGUGCUCUCUGUGGCCGGGGUCGCUCCUGCGUCACCUGGAACGUGUCUGACUCUGUUCUUUGUAGGGGCCGCUGUCCUGCCUUAGCGCUCGGAGCUGCCCGGAGCUCUCGAGAGUGGUCUCAUCAGCCAGAAGAUGGCAACGCUAAUCCUUAUUGAUAAGGAGAAUGGUGAAGUUGGUGCUAAGAAUCAGCUAAGAUUCCCUUCAGGAUCCUCAAAAGUUUUAUCUGAAAGAACACAAGUUAACACUCCACUUCCUAAAAAAAUCAGUACAUCUCCAGCCACAUCUCUCUCUGUCAGAAAGGCUCUUGGAAAUGUGAACAGACCUGAAGGAAUCACAAGCAAGAUGGAAAAGAUAGGACCAAAAAAUCAGCCUUGUACUGCAAACAAAGUUACUGGAAAGACUGCUGGAUUAGAAAGCUGUGAUUCAGUGGCUGAAGAGGACUGGCCAGAAAUAGAAAAUAUGUUUCCUUUUGAUCCUAGAGACUUUGAGAGUUUUGAUCUUCCUGAAGAGCACAAAGUAAGCAAUAUCAACCUGCAUGGUGUUCCCCUCAUGGUAUUUGAAAGUACAUAUGACAGAUAUGUGAACAUGGUUCCUUCACCUGUGAAGAUCGAAGAAAUUUCAUGGGAGUCUAAGUUGCUACAAUCAACUACUGACUUCCUUGCUACCCUGGAUGAGAUCAUUGACAUGCCACCUCCAAAUUAUGACCUUUAAUGCAUAUUCUGAAGCUUUUACUGAGUUUAAAUUUUAUGUGGUUCUAGAUUUUAAUAAAGGCUAAUCUAACCUG